UUGUGAGGAGUAAAUGACUUCAGACACUGAAGGCUUAACACAGUGACUGGCAUAUCAUAGGGAUGCCCAAUACAUACUAGCUGUGAGGCUUAUCACCACUGUUCUUCCUGGCAUGGCCCUGUAAGCUCAUCUUCGGCUGAAGAGAAGCUAGCACUCGCAAACAUUCCAUCUGGCAAUCUGAGAGAAGCUACUGAGAGAAUCCUGAGACAUCCCCAGCCACCUACCACUGCUCCCGUUCCAAGCAAAGAGGAUCUGCUCACUCCGGAAAAAGAAAAUGGGUGAGACUCAAAAUUCAACAAGCCAGAAAGCAAUGGAUGAGGGUAACAAAGCCGCAAGCCAAACAAUGCCGAAUACACAAGACAAGAACUACGAGGAUGAAUUCACUCAAGUAGCUCUAGCUCUGGUUCAGGAUGUCAUCAAUUAUGCUGUUAAGAUUGUGGAAGAGGAGCGAAACCGUGUGAAAAACAUCAAGUGGAUGACUCACGGUGAAUUCACUGUGGAAAAGGGUCGUAAACAAAUUGACGAAUAUUUUUCGAAGUGUGUUUCUAAAACAUGCUGGGGACAUCACGUAGAGUUUAUAGAGAGGAAAGACUUAAUUCACAGCUUCCUCUACAUCUACUAUGUACACCAGAGUAUCCCAACUGCUCAGCUACCCGUAUCACGAAUCUCUGCUGGUACCUACUUCACCAUGAAGGUCUCCAAAACCAAACCGCCGGAUGCACCCAUUGUUGUUUCUUAUGUAGGUGAACACCAAGCAUUAGUUCACAGACCAGAAAUGGUUUGCUUUCGAGAAAACUGGCUGAAGAAUUUUACUGAUGCCAAAUAUAGUUUCAUGGAGUCAUUCCCCUUCUUAUUCAAUCGUGUCUGAUACUUACAGAUGUCUUAGGAUUGUUUUUCUCAUCAGGAUAUAUUAAAAAUACAAUACAGCACGUCAAACCACAGAAUAUUUAUUAAUAAACUUGUGGCACACAA